AGUUUAGGCGGCAGCACCCCCGGGCAGGAUGAGGAAGGUGGAGGUGUGGUAGUCGGUUUUUUUUCAGGUCGCUCCCUCUUUGCCCUCUGGUUCCCGCUUGUCGCCUUUUCCCUCGGCCAGCACCGCUGCAGGCUCCGCCGGGGCGCUGGGCCGGGCACGGCCCCGUCAGGGCGCUGCCGGUCGGCAGUACGGCGCCUGGGGCCGGGCCGGGCCGGGCCGGGGCCGCCCCAGCAGGGAUCCCGCCUUGCGCUGCGGGAAAGCCGGCCGCGGCUGUGCGCCUGUUGGCGGUCUGCUUUCUGGACCUGUGGGAUUUAAGAAUAUCUCUCCUAAGAAAACUUGCUGCUUCUACAGCCUUCCAUCUUAGUGAGCAAUUGAUGGUUUCACUUGAAAUAUCUAUCUCAAGAAAUUAACAGUAGGCGAGGUGUAAUUGCUUUUUAAAAAUGUUAAGAGUUCAGCAGUGUGUAGCAGCUGAUAGGAUACCCAAGAAAAAGCCAUAUAUUUGUGACAUUUGCUAUAAACAGUUUGAAACACCAUCAAAAUUAGCUAGGCAUUAUCUGAUACAUACUGGUCAAAAGCCAUUUGAAUGUCAUGUGUGCCAUAAAACAUUUAGGCAGCUAGUCCACCUGGAGAGGCACCAGUUAACCCAUAACCUGCCUUUUAAGUGUAUUGUUUGUCAUAGAAACUUCAAAAACUUAAUCACUUUCUUAAAGCAUCAGCAGCUUCAUAAUGAAAAUUAUCAGAAUGAUACCAAGCAAGCAGAAAACUCUAUGAAUUUUGAGCAAGACAGGGUCACUUAUGCCGUAUUUCGAUGUUCUGUGUGCUGUAAAUCUUUUACAACUGAAGAGAGGUGGAUGCUGCAUCAGUGCCUGAAGGCAGAUCAUCUACAUGGUGCCAGAAGGAGAAAGAAAACUCAUGCUUGUGAAUCGUGUAACAAGACAUUUCCAUCAAGAUCUAAGCUAGAAAGACACGUCCUUAUUCACACUGGCCAGAAACCUUUUAAGUGUUCUUCGUGCGGUAAAUCUUUCAGGCAGUCGACACACUUGAAAAUCCAUCAGCUCACACACACAGAAGAAAGGCCUUUUCGGUGCUGCUUUUGUCAGAAGGGGUUUAAAAUACAGAGCAAACUCAUGAAGCACAAACAGCUCCAUGCCAGAAAUAAGACUUCCCCCAGUAUUUUAUACAAAGCAAAGACUCUUAAAUAUCCCAGACCACAGAACCUGUUGGAAGGAAAGAAGGAUAGUUUUGAGAACGCUGACACUUACAAGUCAUGUGAGAAUGACCCACAUGAUGUUCACUCGAUAUACAUUGUACCCUUUCAGUGCCCAGCAUGCGAGCAGUGUUUUGAAACGGAGCAAGUUCUAAAUUUGCACAAAUGCUGUUGUCUGAGAGGUGGCAAAAGUUCAAGUAAUGGUACGACAGCAGGCAGCCACAGAGUCAGCAUGAAAAAUAAGAUCCUGACGAAGCUGAAGCGUACUGGAGGAAAGGCAACAGAUUUGUCUCUGAUGGACAGAAAAAAAAAAAAAUCAGGUCACUUUAAAAGUCCUGACCUGGUUGGAGCUAGAGAUCAGCGUGGUGAUCAGCAUGCUUCCACUAAACCUUUCAAGGAUUGCCAUAGCAAGCUUGACACGCACAAGGCACUUAGUAAGCCGAUGAAAAGAAUGUUUGCUGUGCCAUUACCUAGGCAAGAGCACCCACAACCUCAUGACUUUGGAAUGAAUGUAAAAGGUGUGCUUACUGGGGAAAGCAUGUUAAACAGCGGUGAUUCACUGCAUAAUAAAGAUGACGCUUUUUAUGGUUCAUCAGAUGAUGGCUUCUUUGAUAAUCCAGAAGUACUUCACUGUGCUUUUUCAGCUUCUGCUAAAAAUAUACAUAACAGACACAAAGUGUGUAAAUGUGACAGAUGUGAAAAAAUCUUUCCGUCUUCAUCCAAACUUCAAAGGCAUUAUCUUAUACACACGGGACAGAAGCCCUUUGGCUGUAAUGUUUGCGGGAAGACAUUUAGACAGUCAGCUCACUUAAAAAGACAUCAGCUCACCCAUACUGAAAAGAGACCCUAUAAAAGCCCCGUUUGCCAGGUAGAAUUUGAAAACCUGAACAAACUUUUCAAUCAUCAGGGAGAUCACAUUGAAUUUAAGUCUUCAGAGCCUGUGGGUUAUUCUCAAACACCUUCACAGGCAUCUGGCUUUCAAGAACUCGAGCUGAUUCAGUCAAACCAAGCAGCUGGAAUCAAAGUUGAAAUUGAGUCAGGGGACUUUGUUCUCGACACCAGCAGCAGAAACACACAGCCGUAUUUGUGUAGUAAAUUGUUGGAAACAGAGCAAAGCUGUUACAGCUACUGGCAUGACUUUUCUGAAGGUACGGAAAAAAGUGAAGUUGUUAACAAACUGUAUCAGUGCAGUAUCUGCUUUAAAACUUUUAAAUCGCCUUCUAAGCUUGAAAGACAUUACCUAAUGCAUGCUGGACAAAAGCCAUUUGAAUGUUUAGUUUGUGGUAAAAAUUUCAGACAGGCCCCACAUUUGAAAAGACACCACCUUAUACACUUUAAAGAGAGCUUAAAGCUGAGUUCCACUGAGCAACAACCAGAGAAUAUACUGGUUUUAUCAAAAUUGGGUAAUGUCCUAUGAAACAUUCUUACUAUAUUAAUAGUGUUGCAGCGAUCUGCAGUGCUCCAUGAAUCAGCUGGUUUAAGUUACGCCUAUUCCCAUAUAGUAUUUUAUGAUGUUAUGCUGUCCGUUGGUAACGAUCAAAAAAGUAAAGAUAAAAAGGUAAAUUUCAGAAUACAGAAAAAAGAGUCCUUGUACUUUUUUUUUGGCUUCAUAUAUGUUUCAAGAAAAGGACACUUGCUGUAUUUUUUUCAUACUUUUGUUAAAAAAAAUUUUUUUUUAGAUAAAAGAUGCAACAAAGAAGAGGAAAAGGAAGUUUAAUGAGGGAAAAAAUGUUGAUGUGGCAUUAUAGAACAAUUAAUAGAAAAAUUUAAAUGCAUUGUAAUGCGCUUGGAAAUCUAAGGAAUUAGACCUUUUCCCUUUUUAUGAUAAACUAUAAGUAGACAAUGCUAAAAUAGCAGGGUUUAUGAUCAAUUAAUCCAUUUCACCACCUAAUUAUCUCCACUUCUUUGUAUAUCCCUUGCAUUUUCUAGCCUUUUUGUCCAAUUCAUACCAUACUGAACUAUUUUUCUUGCAAGAAAAGAGGACAAGAAAUUAUCAUUAGUAUUACAGAUGGGCUUACUAUCUGUUCCAGUCUCCUUUCCUCCUAGGAUACAUAUUACACCAGUAAAAGAAGUAUUCUCUAAGAUGUGAUAAUAACUCAGAUGAGCAGUUUUGUCGGAAAGUCAUCUUCUUGUUACAUUAAAUAUAAGAGACUGAAAACGACUAUUAGCUCAAAUUAAAUAAUUCUGAUUUUGUGUUAAUAGAAUCUGUAGUUAUACUUUCUGGUAAGUAGAGAGCUUUGCCCAUUGUGCCUGUGGGGCUGGCAAAAAGUGUAAGUGCAGUGGAGCUUUAUUCAUCUUUAUUCAUUAUGAACAAGAAUGAAGUUUGUUUCUUUUUUUUUUUUCCUCUGAAAAAACUACCUUUUAGGAUAUUUUCCUUUGUUAUGCAUCUUCUGAAUAGUUGAAACCUGAAGGUUUUAAUCCUAUUUCUAACUUAACAUAUCUGUAAGAUAUGUGGCAUUCUUUUCACUAUUUAAAUAGAUCCAUAUUUAUUUAAGUAAAAUGUUUUUCAUUUUUUUUUAAAGUGAUUUAUCUAGGUCUUGCUGUGUUAAAAGCUUUGUAGUAUUUGGUAUAAAUGAAGGGAGUUUUUUAUUUUCGUAAAUGUUUUCAGAGAGAAUAAAACCGAGAAAGAUACUCGGAAACAGUCUGCAGUUAUUAUGAUUUUUGUAUGACAGACAAAUUCAGUAUGGUAAUAAUGACUGUAGUUAUAUAUUGAGAUUUUUUCUCCCUAUGUGAAUUGUUUCAUAUUGAAAGAGAGAAUACUGUAUAAAAUGUUUUGAAAGUGUAUUGUAGAGUUCUUUUAAAAUACUUGUAAUAAACUAUUUUAUUUAUAUUGUACUUCUAUUGUAUACUUUACAUGCAAACCAGAGUUUCAAAACUACAAAACAUUCAGUAUGCUGCAAAGUUUAAGACUACACAUCCAAAUAACUAACUUUGCACUGUUAGAAUCUAUUGUUAAAACAAGAGGUUUUGUUUCAGGUAUUUUUGCUAUAGAAAUAUUAUAGAUCUUAUUCUCUUUAAACAUAUUUCUUUCUUAAGGAGUCACAGUCAUUUUAAAAAGUGCUAUGUUUGAGAGUAAUGUUUAGAGAACAGUAAACUUAAUAUGUUUGGCAAAUACCAGUUUGAGUAAAAUGAGGGGAAGGAUAUACAGAAAGCUACUUUUCAGGCAUGAAUAGACAUAUGUGGGAAGUGUGACUGUCUGAUUAAUUUGGAAAUGAAUUAAAUCUUUGGGCUCAAUGGGAUUUCAGAAGGGCAGUAAAGGCCACUGUUUAUCUCGUGCUCUGCCCCUUUAUGAAAAGUUUUGUGUUGGUAUAAAUUCACAAUUUUCAGGGGAUUAUAGCAUAAACUAGGUAGAAAGGGGUAAAGCAGUUUCUAAGAGUCAAGAAAAAAAAAUCUAAGGUUGAAGUCCCAUCUCUUUUGAAGUUAGCAGUAAAAUUAUCCAAGUACCUUUGAGAAGUUGAGCUAGAAUGGUUUACCAGUGUUAACAGUAACACUUUGUUGUUCAUUAGUAUGUUAGUAAUUUUCCAUAACUGUUCAAGGCAAGUUCAAACCAUCAAUCUUUGAAGUACCUUUGGCGGCAGAGACUUUGCCUGUGGUUUUGUUAGAAUGAGCUGAUAUCUAAUAGUAACAAUCUUGUAAUACUGAAAUAGUGGAUUUUUUAAGACUCUAUACAGAACCAAAGCAUAUUGUAAACAGGAAAACAGUGGGUCCUCCUACAUUAAUAUCAAGCUCCCUCCAGGACAACUUCUCAAAUUGCAUGGAUUCAGCUUCGAGGUAGUUCUACAUGGAAUAAAAGAAGGGUCAAAUACUUUAAAACAAGCAGAAAAAGGUAAAAGGGUGGUGGUGUUUUUUUUAAAAAAGACAAAUAGUUUGCAAUACUAAGUUGACUGGAACUGCAGCACUAACUGAUCAAAUCGUCCAUUUUCUAUCUAGGAAAUGUGGCCAUGGAUAGCUUUAAAAUGUUCUGAUUUUGUUUAUGUACUGUCCUUGCAAUAUUUGCAGAAAGUCAAAACUUGCAAAAAAAAAAUAAAUUAUGUAUUCCUAGGGGAAAAUGAAAAAAGAAAAAAAGCCACCAUGAAACACAGAAGAACUGUUUAAUCACUUUUAUAGCUGCUUCUCACCGAGUGUUUGGUUUCUUCCUUGUCUGUGAUCUCCUCUGUUAUACUCAGCACCAAUAGGAAAAGUUGACAAGGCAAAUGGAAGACAGACACAAAAGGAAUUUAAGUGAAGUUAGUGAGAGUUUAGGCUUCAAACUGAAAUGCUGGAUCUAAUGUUUAGUUUUAGUAUAAAUGUAAAACUCUGAAAGUCAUGAUCUUGUAGCAGUAGCUCACUCAUGUAACACUUAGAUAAGUACAGUUGGAUGAUUCUUAAAUCAAUAAAGACUAUGGAUUUGGUCCUUC